GCAGGCUGCGAUGUUCGCGCAGGGCGCGUGGGGAUGGAGCUCGCCCUUCGACGCCCGCUCGCAGCCGCAGCGCCCGGCGGCGCGGCGGCCGCUGCUGCCGUGGAGGCCGCGCGCGGAGGCCGAGCGCCCGCCGCCGCGGCCCGCCGCCCGCGAGGUCGCGCAGCCGCCGCCCACGCCGAGGCCCCCGCGCCGCCUGCCGCUGCCGCGGCGGCGGCGGCUCGAGCGCGAGGAGGCAGGGCACGCGGACCUCGAGAGCUGCCGGGUCCGCAGCAGCAGCCCCAGCACCAGCUCCGACGACGAGUCGUCCCGCGGUUCGCGGUGCGCGGCCCGCCCGGAGUCGGACGGGGUCGGCUUUCCAACGGUGCUGGCCUACAACAAGUACACUUCUCUUGGAGACGACGACGACAGUUCCCGCGACGCGGAUGACUCCGGGACCGAAUCGGACCGGUGGCGCAGCGGUGUCGUCUUCUUCGAGUGCUGCAUCAAGAGGUGA